AUAUUCUGUAUUUUUAGGUCAACAUGCACUUCACCUAGGUUUCUUUUCUUCAGGUUGCUGCUGUGGAGCAGAGAACUUGGCGGAAACGACUGAGCAGAAGGUUUCUGUAAGAUUGUCACAGGCAAGGAAUCCCAGGUUAGCCUUGUCUUCCCAGGAGAGUCACCCCUGUGAGAGUUGUGGGCUAGUCUUGGGAAACAUUUUCCACACGAUGGAGCUGCAGGGAACACAACACGGACAGAUACUGUUGAAGUGUGGGGCAUGUGCAAAACGAUUUUAUUUCCGUGCAAAAUUUCACCAGCAGCAUAUGAGAGAGAAGUCUUUCAUUAGAGGUGUGGACAGGAUGUCACUUGCAAACAGUUGCAAUUUCAAUGUAUCCCAGAAUAGUUUCACAUGCAGGGAGGUUGGGCAGGGUGUCCUUGCAGGGUCAGGACAUUUCCAACUAAAGGCUAUUCAGGCCAGGAACAGUCCAAGUGUAAUUUCGACAUGUGGGGUGACGUUUCAAAAGAGAAAAAAUUAUUACAGUAGAAAAGAAUGUCAGAGAGACAUUAGUUGCACCCACACGUUUAUUCAGGAAAAAGGUGUCCAUCUUGGAAGUGGGUGUUUUGUGUCCUCUGAAUGUGGAAAAUAUUUUACCAAAUUAUCUAGCUUUCAUUACCAACAAAGAGGUCACACGAGAGAAACACCUUAUGAAUGCAGUGAGUGUGGGAAAGCUUACACCAGUAGCACUGGACUUCGUCGUCAUCAGAGAUUUCAUACGGGAGAAAAGCCUUAUCAAUGCAGUGAAUGUGGGAAAUCUUUUACCCAGAGCAGUACCCUUCGUUAUCAUCAGAUAGUUCAUACAGGAGAAAAGCCUUAUAAAUGCAGUCAAUGUGGAAAAUCCUUUAAAAGUAGCAGUGGUCUUCAAUAUCAUCAGAGAGUUCAUACGGGAGAAAAGCCUUAUAAAUGCAGUGAAUGUGGAAAAUCUUUUGCACGGAGCAAUGCCCUUCGUGAUCAUCAGAGAGUUCAUACAGGAGAAAAGCCUUAUAAAUGCAGUGAAUGUGGCAAAUCUUUUACAAGGAACAGUGGUCUUCAAUAUCAUCAGAGAGUUCACACUGGAGAAAAGCCUUACCAAUGCAGUGAAUGUCAAAAAUCUUUUACCACUAAGACCGUACUUCAUCAUCAUCAAAGACUUCAUACAGGAGAAAAGCCUUAUAAAUGCAGUGAAUGUGGCAAAUCUUUUACAAGGAACAGUGGUCUUCAAUAUAUCAGAGAGUUCACACUGGAGAAAAGCCUUACCAAUGCAGUGAAUGUCAAAAAUCUUUUACCACUAAGACCGUACUUCAUCAUCAUCAAAGAGUUCAUACAGGAGAAAAGCCUUAUAAAUGCAGUGAAUGUGGCAAAUCUUUUACAAGGAGCAGUGGUCUUCACUAUCAUCAGAGUUCACACUGGAGAAAACAUGAGUGCAAUUAAUAUGAGGUAUCUCUCAGCCAAAUUUCUAAAUUUGCUCUGCACGUAUGAGUCCAAAUGUGGGAAAUUUCUUAGAUGUGUUGGAAAUGUAGUUUCUUAGUACUUAACAUUAGUAUAAGAAAAUGUGUGUAUCCUCACUUUUCUGAAUUGUAUCUGAUACAUUUAAUCACCUACAUUAUGUAUAGUUCCCAUAAAUGUUCUUGUGUUUGUUUUUAUGUUGGAACACUGUAAUUAUGUUGCACGUUCUAACAUACAGAGAUAGCCUGCCAGAUCUAUGUCACUGCAUAUUUCUGUUGUAGAUGGUAUUUCACCUCAACCACCUGUAAGGUCCCUACAAAUGGCAUCAAUCACCAUCCCCAUGUGCCCGGGGAAGCUAACUCUGUUUUCUUUUUUGUUGAAGAAAAUGAGGAAUACCUGAACCCAAAGUUUUCUUGUUUCCCUGUCAUGGGUUGCCACAUAGGACUCAGUACUGUUGGCCCCAGUAAACAUAAUGUUGCAGAGGGAAUGGUUUCCCUGAAUGCCAGUGAUGAAUUUAUUGAGUGGCUGAGUCAUCAGUGUAAGAACUGCCAGUCUCAUGUCUCUUUAGUUUGUACAAUAAUAAAGGCUUUUUCGUAAUACUUCUUUAAUCUUAGGUGUUCUAUUUACUGUGUGGGUUAGCUUUAAGGAGAUCGGGGCUCUCCAAGCAUGAUGAGGUGAACAACUUUUAUGGGGUCUCAAACAUUUCUGCCCUUGGGGGAACAGUAUGGUGCAGGAUUAGCUCAGGAGUUUUUGGCAAAUUUACACUACUGCCCAUAUUUUUCUAGGAAAUACUCUGGACUCUCUAAUCCUCAUGUGAUGUCUGGAUGCUUGGAGACAUAGCAGUCACUCCAAAGAGGAGGUAGCUGUGACAACCUCAGUUAUGUCUGGGAGCAUGAAUUUUAUUUCUUGUUUGCAAGAGAUGCCAAUACAUGUGAAGGGAAUCUCUUGCCCAGGUCUUUCAAAGGUACAUGUCCCCUACUGCCUACAAUUUCACGGUUGAUGGUCACUGGUUUGAAGACCAGAACAGUAAUGGGAAACCCUUUCACUCUAGAGACACUGACCUAAUUGUUGUUGUGUUGGAAGCCAAUUCCAGCAUGUCAGCAGGGCUGAAUCACCUGGAAAUGGCUGAGGGCAUUUUCCCAAACCUGAAAA